GUUUGUGCAAUAAUUUACCAACAGGAGCAGUUGGCAGUAGUUAGUAUGUCUUUUAAAAUGAUACAUGUCAUUUCAUAGCAUGGGCAGGUAAGCAAACAAAUCAAUCUCUCUCUCUCUCUACACACUCUCUCUCUACUCUCUCUCUCUAGUUCUAGCUUAUACUAGUGUUGUCUGUAAUCUAUAAAAGUUAGAUUUUUAUGCUACCUUUAGUGUUUAUGGUUACUACCCAAUUGGUGAAAUUGGUUUUUAUUGUCCAAUUUAUAUAACAUUUGAUUCUUCUAAGACCUAAUUCCUGUCCCUUUCACUUUCAGUUUCCAUAGUCAUUGCAGGAUUUGAGUACUAUUUCAUACUUUUACUCUUUGUUUCUUCUUGGAUUCCAAUUCCAUUAUUUAUUAUCAUCACCAAUUUCACUUUCAACUUUUUCUACCUAUUAACUGUUUGUUAAAUUGCCUCACUGAAUAAUAAUAAUCUUGCUUAACAUCAACCAAAGUUGGAAAUUGUUGUGUUGAUGUGUUGUGUGUGGACAAAGGAGAAAAGGGAAUCUGCUUUAUAUGUAAUUUGAUGAGCUGUUGUUUGUUAUAUAUAGCUAAUCUAAUCUCAGUGUCUAUGUCAUCUACUUUAUGCUCUUAACAAGACUGAAAGGUGAAACCUUUCUUGUCUCAGAGAGGAACAAUUUUUAUUAUUUUCUCUUCAUUAGUCUUUGAUUUGAUCCUAGGGUUUUUGAAAGGAAGAAGUGAGGUGAGGUGGUAUCUGUAUCUGUAUCUGACUAGUUAGAUUAUAUUCCAUUUUAUGAGAAGAAGGUUUUUUUCUUUCUUUCUUUUACUUUAACUUCCUCUCAGUCCUAUAAAGCUGCAAAAUUAUUUGUUCCUUGUUUAGUCCUGCAAGAUAUCUCUUGAGCCAAACUUAGUCAACAUUCACUUUCCCUUUAAUCAUUUUUAUGCAUUUCUUGAGCCAACUGCUGAGUCAGGAUUGUUCUAAUCAAUUGAUAUAUAAAUAUAGAAACUAGAAAGAGUGAGACAUAGAAAAGGUGUUAUUUGCUUGGUUGAAUUGAGAUUGAGAUGGGUGGUGAGGAAAAUACAAUGGAGUUUCAACAUGGAAAUGAGAACAUUAUGACUUCAGAAAUGGAUAUUAGUUCUGUAUCCAAUAUGGCUAAGUCUUCUUCAGAGGUACCUAAUCAUCAUCAUUUCCUGGGUUCUUCAGCUUGGGAUAAUCCACUUAUUUCAUUGAGUCAGGCUCAUACUUUUGGAGGUUCUUCAAUGGUUUCUCACAAUGAUUUUGCUAAUGCAAAUUCAACUUAUAACCCUCUUGUUUUGGAGAAUCAAGGAAUGAGUAGCACCUCUCAUCUUGUUCAAUACUCAAAUCUUGGAGGCAUGAUCCACAAGAUUCCUUCCUAUGGAAGUGGAAGUUUCUCAGAAAUGGUUGGUUCCUUUGGCCAACACGGGUCAGGUGGUGAUCAUGUAGCUAACACAUCAGGGUAUCCAAUUCCACCACAACAUUAUAAUCACAUCAAAGAUGCUGGAAACCAAAGGGGACAUUUUAACGGCGAACAAUCUCAAGUUGAGGACUCAGUUCAUGAGGAUGGAGGUACAGGAUCUGCACCUGGUAGUGGAAAUAGAAGAAAAAGAGGAAUUGAUCAAAAUUCCACUUUCAGUCCAAACAAGAAUGCUGAGGGUGAUGGAAUGAAGGAUUCUCCAAGGAAGAUCUCUGAUGGAUCAAAAGAAGCUGAAAAGAAACCAAAAGUUGAACAAUCAGGGAAGCAAACUAAAGACAACUCUCCGAGUGGAGAUGCUUCUAAAGAUAAUUUCAUUCAUGUUAGAGCUAGAAGAGGUCAAGCCACCAACAGCCACAGUCUUGCAGAAAGGGUUAGAAGAGAAAAGAUUAGUGAACGAAUGAGGCUGCUUCAAGAACUUGUUCCAGGAUGCAACAAGAUAACUGGCAAAGCAGUAAUGCUAGAUGAGAUAAUAAACUAUGUGCAAUCACUGCAACAACAGGUUGAGUUUUUGUCCAUGAAACUUGCCACUGUGAACCCCGAACUGAACUUUGAUGUAGAGCGGCUCUUAUCAAAGGAUAUUCUCCAGUCACGCAUAGGACUUGGAAUCGGUGGAUUUGUUCCUGGUAUGAGUUCCUCUCAUCCAUUCCCAAGUGCAAGUUUCCAGGGAAACAUGUCUGGCUUGCCUAGUUCAUCAACACAGUUCCCUCCUUUGCCUCAGAAUGCUUUGGACCAUGACUUCCAAAACUUUUAUGGAAUGGGAUAUGAUUCCAAUACAGCACUUGACAAUUUGGGUCCCAAUGGGAGGUUGAAACCAGAGCUAUAGUGUGUUGAAUAUAUAGUCUUGUUUCUACAACAGAACACUUUUCGAAUUUUCCUCUUGACCGCACAAUUUAACUGAAGUUGGAAAAAAAAUAGAGGGAGAAAAGAAAAAUAAAGGUUUUAGUUGUAUAGGAUCUUAAUCUUAAUACCUAACUAUUGGCUCUUCGAAUUUUUAGUAGAAGAUGACUGUGUUAGAUUUAAUAUCAUUCGGAAGAUGAGUUGCGCAUAUUGUGUGAAUGUGUGUAAAAUCUAGAUCAUUAAGAACAAAUUGCAAGGGUAUUAUUGUUUAUUGGUAUGGAGGGCAUUAUUUGAGGAGAGCAUGUGAGUAAAGUGUAUGCAACUAUCAUUACUUCUGUGAAAUUAUGUAUAGAGUUGCAAGGCUUGGAUUUUUGAAGAUGUGUUCAAAAUUUGUUUUGGGUUAGGUGAUGUGUGCAUUUUUUUAAGGGUUUCUUGCUGUUCUUGUAUUGUUCUUUUGAAAAGAAAAUGUAAUGAAUGAAGAGAUUCUUAAGUUCAUACAUGGAUGAACAUGUUGCAACUUACUUGUAUGAGUAUUGUAGAGAUUGAGUAAACCAGUGCUCAUAGUCAUUGUUAUUAGUCUAUCUCUUAAUAUCGUAAAAAUUUUCUAUUUCUUUUCUUUCAA